CAGCUUAAUCUUUGCUUGCAAAUGACAAUGCAGUGAAACCAGAGGAAGAAAAAAAUUACUUCCUUUCCUGUUGGAAACCUAAUAAGUAGUUAGUCUGACCCAGUUUUUCAAUAAGAGAGAUUUUCUGAUGACCCGACAGGAGUGACUACCUCCAGUCAAAGAAAGAGGAGGGUGAAUUUAAUCUUUCAUGCCCCUGGAAUGGCAGCUGCUCUCAGCUCUCUCUGAUUCUGUGAAGGUUGAUGAAGAUAGAGCUGGCUUUCAAUGUAGAAAGAAUUUUCCUUUUGAAUAUUCCAAACGAGAGCUUUGCACAUGUGCCUCAAGAACUGAUUGUCUGGGCUCCGACAGGAAUGCAGCAGCAGAGGAGCGUAUUUCAUGCUUAAGACCAGAGAAGAGCCACGCAAUACUCAGUGGAUAAAAGGCUUGCAGUCCCAGCUGGGAAAAAGAGUCCCAUUAUCUCCCAGCUGCAUAGACAUUCCAUACGGCUUGGUUCUGCCUGGACGCACAGCAUGCCUGGCUGAGAGCUUGAAACAGAGUUCUGCAGAAAAACUGUAAAGAUCCCGAGACAUUUCCCUGGUAAGAUCUACUCUUGAGAUACUGACUGGAAGAUAGACUGUUUUUUUCCACCUGAUUGUAUGGGAGAAAUUUUUGACCUUAGAAAGUGGAAAUGAGGUUGCUAUGGAAACUGGUAAUUCUGCUGCCACUCAUAAACUCUUCUGCAGGUGAUGGUCUUUUAAGCCGUCCUAUUUUUACUCAGGAGCCACAUGAUGUCAUUUUUCCUUUGGAUUUAUCAAAAUCUGAGGUCAUCCUGAAUUGUGCUGCUAACGGUUACCCUUCGCCUCAUUAUAGGUGGAAGCAAAAUGGCACAGACAUUGAUUUUACUAUGAGUUAUCACUACAGGUUGGAUGGAGGCAGUCUUGCGAUCAAUAGCCCUCACACGGAUCAAGAUAUUGGCAUGUACCAGUGCCUGGCCACCAAUCUUCUGGGGACAAUUCUGAGUCGGAAGGCAAAGCUCCAAUUUGCAUAUAUUGAAGACUUUGAAACUAAAACAAGAAGCACAGUAUCUGUCCGAGAAGGUCAAGGUGUGGUGCUUCUCUGCGGCCCACCGCCACAUUUUGGAGAUUUAUCUUAUGCCUGGACCUUCAAUGAUAACCCCUUAUACGUCCAAGAGGACAAUAGACGAUUUGUAUCUCAAGAGACGGGAAACUUGUACAUUGCCAAAGUGGAACCAUCAGAUGUGGGCAACUACACUUGCUUUAUAACUAACAAAGAGGCCCAGAGAAGUGUUCAAGGUCCGCCCACUCCAUUAGUGCAGCGCACUGAUGGUGUGAUGGGGGAAUAUGAACCAAAGAUUGAAGUGCGUUUUCCUGAAACUAUACAAGCUGCAAAGGAUUCAUCUGUAAAACUGGAAUGUUUUGCCCUUGGAAAUCCAGUCCCCGAUAUUAGUUGGAGAAGGUUGGACGGGAGCCCGUUGCCAGGGAAAGUCAAGUACAGCAAAUCCCAAGCUAUCCUUGAAAUCCCGAACUUCCAACAAGAAGAUGAAGGCUUUUAUGAGUGCAUUGCAAGCAACCUUCGAGGAAGAAACCUUGCAAAGGGUCAACUCAUUUUUUAUGCUCCUCCAGAAUGGGAACAGAAAAUCCAAAAUACAUACCUCUCUAUCUAUGACAACUUGCUCUGGGAAUGUAAAGCUAGUGGAAAGCCAAACCCUUGGUACACAUGGUUAAAAAAUGGUGAGCGACUCAACCCAGAGGAGAGAAUUCAAAUAGAAAAUGGGACACUCAUCAUAACGAUGCUGAAUGUGUCAGAUUCUGGUGUGUACCAAUGUGCUGCAGAAAACAAAUAUCAGAUAAUUUAUGCAAAUGCUGAAUUGAGAGUUUUAGCCUCAGCUCCAGAUUUCUCCAAAAGUCCAGUUAAAAAAAAGUCUUUUGUUCAAGUUGGUGGGGAUAUUGUUAUCGGAUGCAAACCAAAUGCUUUUCCCAGGGCAGCUAUCUCUUGGAAAAGAGGAACGGAGACCCUUAGACAAAGCAAAAGAAUAUUUCUCUUGGAGGAUGGCAGCCUCAAGAUAUAUAAUAUUACCAGGUCAGAUGCUGGAUCAUAUACAUGCAUAGCCACAAAUCAGUUUGGCACUGCAAAGAACACUGGCAGCCUCAUUGUAAAAGAGAGAACUGUCAUUACCGUCCCACCUUCCAAAAUGGAUGUUACAGUUGGCGAGAGUAUAGUGCUACCAUGCCAGGUGUCCCAUGACCCCUCCAUUGAAGUGGUAUUUGUAUGGUUUUUCAAUGGAGAUGUCAUAGACUUAAAAAAAGGAGUGGCUCAUUUUGAAAGGAUUGGAGGAGAAUCUGUUGGGGAUUUGAUGAUAAGGAAUAUUCAGUUACAUCAUUCAGGAAAAUAUCUCUGCACAGUACAAACAACCCUAGAAAGUUUAUCUGCAGUAGCCGAUAUCAUUGUUAGAGGUCCACCAGGUCCUCCUGAGGAUGUGCAAGUGGAAGACAUUUCCAGUACUACUUCUCAACUAAGUUGGAGAGCAGGCCCAGAUAAUAACAGUCCCAUUCAAAUAUUUACUAUUCAGACUCGGACACCAUUUUCUGUGGGUUGGCAGGCUGUUGCUACAGUUCCAGAAAUUCUCAAUGGCAAGACAUACAAUGCAACAGUGGUUGGUUUGAGUCCUUGGGUGGAAUAUGAAUUUCGUGUUGUUGCCGGCAACAGCAUUGGGAUUGGAGAACCAAGUAAACCAUCAGAAUUGUUAAGAACUAAAGCAUCAGUCCCUGUUGUGGCACCAGUAAACAUCCAUGGAGGUGGAGGAAGUCGGUCUGAACUCGUCAUUACGUGGGAGUCAAUUCCAGAAGAACUGCAGAAUGGGGACGGAUUUGGAUAUAUCAUCAUGUUCCGGCCAGUGGGCUCAACAACCUGGUCCAAGGAGAAAGUAUCAUCUGUGGAAUCAUCAAGGUUUGUUUACAGAAAUGAAAGCAUCAUCCCACUGUCUCCCUUUGAAGUCAAAGUGGGUGUGUAUAAUAACGAAGGAGAAGGAUCCCUGAGUACUGUGACCAUUGUCUACUCUGGGGAAGAUGAACCUCAACUGGCCCCAAGGGGAACUUCUCUCCAGAGUUUUUCUGCUUCUGAAAUGGAGGUUUCAUGGAAUGCUAUUGCCUGGAAUAGAAACACUGGAAGAGUGCUGGGCUAUGAGGUCUUAUACUGGACAGAUGACUCCAAAGAAUCCAUGAUAGGUAAAAUUAGAGUCAGUGGAAAUGUCACAACCAAAAACAUCACGGGGCUGAAAGCUAAUACCAUCUACUUUGCUUCCGUAAGAGCUUACAAUACUGCUGGGACAGGGCCCUCAAGCCCCCCAGUCAAUGUUACCACCAAAAAGUCUCCUCCCAGCCAACCACCAGCAAACAUUGCCUGGAAGCUGACAAACUCUAAAUUAUGCUUGAACUGGGAGCAUGUAAAAACCAUGGAAAAUGAGUCUGAAGUUUUGGGGUACAAGAUUCUGUACCGGCAAAACAGACAGAGUAAAACUCAUAUUUUGGAAACAAACAAUACAUCAGCUGAGCUUCUGGUUCCAUUUGAAGAAGACUACUUAAUUGAAAUAAGAACAGUCAGUGAUGGUGGAGAUGGAAGCAGCAGUGAGGAAAUUAGGAUUCCAAAAAUGUCAAGUUUGAGUUCCAGAGGAAUUCAAUUCUUAGAACCUAGCACCCAUUUUCUUUCCAUUGUCAUUGUGAUUUUUUACUGUUUUGCUAUUCAGCCACUUAUCUGAUGAAUAAAACCAUAAAUCUUUGAGAGUUUUUUGAAAGCAAAUCAUUCUGUAUAUAUGCUCUCCAGCCUCUGACACAAGAUGCGUUCUUAAUACAGACUUGUUUGCAAAGAAAAAAAAAAGUAUAUUAUUAAAAUCCUGUAAAUAUCUAUGGUACAUUAAUAAAACAAUUUUAAACACUUUUGAAUUUUAAAAUUCGCACAUGAUUACAUGCAUUCCUAGGUGCCACAUUAACCUGGGGAGUUGUAACUGCUGUGUCUUUUAAGUUACUUAUAUGGAGAAAAUAAAUAACUCCCCUCGAUGAUGGUGAUGAUGAAUACAAACUUGGCUCCUAGUUACCAUAACUCACAUGUACAUUUUCAUGUAUUCCAGACAAUCACUUCAGUAUUUAAAAUUUCCACCCUACUUCAAAAUAAAAUACAAUUAUUUGUUUAUAGUUGGGAUUCUUUAAAAAUACAAACUAUUCCAAAGCAUGGGGUGCUUUUAUCUCUGAAUCAAGUUGGAAUAAGAAAUCUUUUUACUCAAGAAUAUUUCAAUAUACAUGAUGUUCUUCUCAGCUCACUUUUCAGAAGAUUCAGUCACAAUAAAGGCAGAAAAAGUAUUUUAUGGCAAAGAAAAAUAAAUGAUGGGAAAUGAGCACCCACCUAAAAUAAUCUUCUAACAACUCUGGUAUAUAUUAAGCAAUUGCUCAUGGCAAAGUUGAACAUUUGAACUGCUGCAUGAACAAAUCUCAGGUAAUUAUGACAAGUUGAUUGCAAUGUAUGUGGCCUUAUUUUUAUAAUAAAACAAUGUGGAAACAGAAUUAUUUGAUCAAGUUUUCUACACUUUGGUCAAAAUAUUAUUUUUUGCCAAUUUUCUCUGCAGCUAUGAAAACAAUUCUACAUGAACCAGGGUUUAGAAAGAUUUUGCGGGUUGACUUUUCUCUAGGGUGAGCCUGUUUCAGUCAGUGGCCUCACUUCUUAGGAUUGUGUAGUCUGGAGAAAGCAGUCUGGGAGAAGGUGAGAUUAGUGACCUGGCCCAUAGAAUGCUAUGUAACCACCCCCUUUCCUCGACAAACAGCCUUGAGAGGUCAGUUCCUGCUGUCGGCCUUCUCUGGCUCCCAGCCAAUCACGUUUGUUGUCUUUUAGAGCUAAACGUGAGAAAUGCUCACGUGACUUUUAUCUUCUUAACAUGGUGCAACCUCUUAAUUAUAUUGAGAAUAUUUGAGCUAUUCUCACAACCCUCAAAUCAUACAAUCCUCAAUAUGGGAUUUUGUCAUUUGCAUGCCUGAAGUAUUUUAGAACUCUUUAAAAUACCCCAUGUAGUCAGCAGCAGAUGGACAAUGGCUUUCGUAGUUCAGAACUUGCUCCUUGCCUGAACAGUGUGUCAAGCACACAAUGCAAAUUAAUGAGCCUUAUUCUCCCCAUUGCCAUAUGAUCUGACUGUGCUUUUGUAGAGCAAAACAAAUAAGCAACAACAAAUACUAUUCGGCGCACCCGUGUUAACAGCUGCCUGGCCAAGAUACAUCUGAAUUGACCAGAGAUACCAGUGCUGGCAUAUGGUCUUAAUGGUUUCCUUAAUUUGGUAAGAGACAAGAUUUGUGUCCUCCUCCCCAAAGAAGACAUCGAGGGUUAAAAAUACUGUGAGGUUUUUGUUUCUACUAAUUAAGUGAAUCAGAUAUACAGUCAUUUGCGUGUGAGUUCAAAAGCUAAGUUAGUUUUUAUCAAUAAUUCUUAUAUGUUUGCAGAGUGCUAUUUAGUUCAUGAUUUCUGGAAUAUUAAAUGUCUGUAUUUACUGUUAACAUAUCUAACAUAUUAUUUAUCUUUUCAUCAAUUCACUAAAUUUUUCAGAAUAUACUUUGGCAUUAAUAUAAGCAGCAUGGGCUUUGGUGCGAUAUGAAUCUCUCCUCUUAGUGAAAACUUGGACAUAUUUCUUUCAACAUCUCCAUUUCACUAAUAUCAGAACAAUAGAGUGUUAUGUACAUAAGGUAUUUGGCAUGGUGCAAGGAACAUUGUAAGUUGUCAAUAAAUGGAGCUGCUGUUAUCUGCUGCUAUGAAUUAAAUCCCAAAUGACAUAAGUUAUUAUGUUUACAUAUCCAAUAUAUUAUGAAAAUAGUUUCAACCUGUGUUUAUGUCAAAAUCCAAACCAGCUUCAAGAAAAAUGAAUUGAUCACCUACUCUCCAUACUACAUGGCACUCAAGGAUGAAAACAAUGGUGAUUCUGAUAACCUGUUUCAGGGAAAUGUUCUACAUGAUGUAUAUACUCCUCUGACAUUCAAGAAGGAUUUCCAGUGCAUCCCUGUAUUGACUGAGUAGACUGCUGUUAUAAACAUGAUAUGUCAUUUCCAUACUUCCUACAAAAAAGGGAGAUAAUGUGAUUGUACCUGGAAAUGGCUGGAGAAGGAACCAGAAAUAAGGUUUAGGAGACUCAACACAGUGGAAAUAUACCACUUUAAAGCUAUGGACUGCCUAGAUCGUGUAGAGUUCAAACACAGCUUCAUUUUUUCUCUUUUGUUCACACUCUAAUCCUCCCUGCUCAGUGUCUCUUUUCUAUCUAUACAGCAGAGGGUGAGGAGGUCAUGGCUGCUGUCUUUAAAAACAAAUGCAGAUGGUGAGGGAUGACCUGGAACCUAUAUGGAUUCUAAAUGUAAUAACAUAAUUAUUACUUCUCAUAAGUAAAUCUAGUAUUUUUGUACUUCUAUGUAUGUCAGUCUUGAGAUGCAACAUGGAGUACACACUCCUGUAUUAGUCCAUUUUCAUACUGCUAUGAAGAAAUACCUGAGAUUGGGUAAUUUAUAAAGAAAAAGAGGUUUAAUGGACUGACAGUACCACAUGACUGGGAAGGCCUCAUAAUCAUGGUGAAAGGUGAAGGAGGAGCAAAGACACAUCAUACAUGGCAGCAGGCAAGAGAGUGUGUGUAGGGAAACUACCCUUUAUAAUACCAUCAGAUCUCAUGAGACUUAUUCACUAUCAUGAGAACAGAAAAAAAAAAACCACCCCCAUGAUUCAAUUACCUCCCACCAGGUCCCUCCCAUGACACGUGGGGAUUAGGAUUAUGAGAGCUACAAUUCAAAAUGAGAUUUCGGUGGGAACACAGCCAAACCAUAUCAACUCCCUGUGUACAAUUAUUACUUAAUGUGCUAUAGAACUACAUAUUGAAUUCAGGAGAUAUUUUGUUCUACACAAUCACAUCUUUGUUGAGGUCAAUACUUGCAUUAGUCAGGAUUGUCCAGAGAAACAGAGCCAAGAGGGUGUGUGGGUGCGUGUGUGGGUGCGUGUGUGUGUGUGUGUGUUUGUGGAGAGAGAAAGAAAUAUAUUACAAGGAACUGACUCGUGAUUAUGGAGACUGAGAAGUCCAAAUGCAAGAGAGCCUUUGAUACAGUUCCAGACUGAGCUGAAGGCUAAGAACCAGGAGGGCCAAUAGUGUAAAUUCCAGUCUGAGUCCAAAUCCAAAGGCAGGAUGAAACUUAUAACCUAGCUCAAAGACAAUCAGGCAAAGAAGAAGAAUUGUUUCUUGCUCAGACUUCCUGUCUAUUCAGGCCUUCACCAGAUUGGAUGAUGCCCACCUGCAAUGAGGAGUACAAUCUGCCCUACUCCAUCUACCAAUUAAUGUAUUAAUCUCAUCUGCAAAAUCCAUCACAGACACAGCUAGAAUGUGUAAUCAAAUAUCUGGGAACCAAAUGGCCCAGUGGAGUUGACACAUAAAAUUAACUAUCACAGUAUUCUUUGGGCUGAUAUUAAAUAAUUCAAUUCUGCUUUCAUCAGCUUUUGGAAUGAAAUUAUUUAAAUGCUCCUCUCAAUUUAUUCAUUUGUAAAAUCAUAUGGUGGGAUGACAAGAUCUCAGAGUUCUUUUAAAACUCUAUAAUUUUGUACUAAUGUGCAUAAUGUGUGACUUCUUUGGGUAUAAGACAGUAUUUCAGAACCUUCGCAACCCACACAUACUCUACAGUCCUUUCCCUUUUUCUCCCCUGUGUUUUUACCAGUCGUUCCAUGCAUUUUAAACUGGGGUUUACAUUACUAAAAUUGAGCAUGCUUUUUCAAACUAUAAAAGGCCCUCAGAGUUUCUAACCCAUCUCUAUACUCCAUUGAGAAUCACUGGUGUAUUGCAGUGGUUCCCAAGGGCAGGACUAUAAUGAAGUUUUCACUGUUCAGUGAAAAAAAUAAGAAAAACAUGUAGAGUUUGGUGAGCUAUUCAUAAUGAGUAAUUUGUGAAAUAUGGCUUUCCUGCACUGUUGAAUGCUCAUUCUUUGGGGAAACAAAGUUGAGAAUGGAUCACAGUUUGUUUUACCUGCUCUGUUUUAAAAUAAUUUACUUGGGAAAAGAGUAGAUUACUUUAUAUCAAGUUCAAUUAUUUUUAUUAUUAAAAAUGUUU